AUGGCCGACCUACCAGGCGACCCAGAGUCCGAUCUGGGAGUGAUAUCGGUGUCAAGCCUCUCGUCUACUAAUCCAGACAGUCUGCACGUAUUUGUCCUCUUGCCGAAUGGACGCAAACUUGUCAUUUCGUUAUCUCGAAACGCAACUAUUCAUGACCUCCAAGUGGAAACUUUACGACGAGGCGAAAAGUAUGGCGUGACUGCAACCUUGAGUGAAACGACUCUGGAAAGUACCGGCUUUGACAAGAUUACUUUCUAUGACGGGGAGGAUCUGGUGGCUGAUAUUCUCGAUCUUACUGAAGGUUCUACGUUUACUUUAGGUAAGUUGGCUCCUACAUUUUGUUUUCCUCACUAGCCUCUUUUGGUAGUUGUAUCAUUCUUAUUGUCAUUGGAGGUACUCGUUCUCCACCCUUUUCGGGAUCUUUAAUGUCGCAAGUCUAACGAUUUUGAUAUAGAGAUACUUACUCCACAAGAUACAAUCUCUGUACCUCCAAGUCUCGACCAAGCUGUGCCAAUCCAAGAUAAGGGGAUAUUCGUGAGGUGGAUCACACUUGAACUUGCAAUCACCAACUGCUCUCUUUCGAAUAUUCCAAUCGAUGGUACACCCUUUCUCAUUGACACAACACUCAAUGACUUCUAUCGCCACGCUUUGAGUCGCCAUUCUGCCCCUGGUAUUAAGCUCUUUCUCGGAGAAUGCUUUCUGCACACAGAAAGUAACCAAUUAACCCUGGCGAGCCUGGAGAUUGACACAACAAAGCCACUCAAUGUGUUUGUGGAGGUUGUUGAUCAACAACCUCGAAAUGGGAUCAUUGCAAAAGCCAUUGACCCAAAGGAGACCUGGGAAUUCAAAUCGACCAAACGCGGCUUUUCUAAAUUCGUCACGAGUAUUCAAAUGCUUGUCAAUGAAAUUAAAAGUGGUCGUUGCAAUAUGGACAGCAUUCUAGAUGUGCUUCUAGAACUCACCCAUUUUCCUCCUCUAAUCUUAGCUUUCAAGGCUGUCUACGAAGCUACUCGUUACGGCAUACAUCGUGCACCUGUUGGUCCACUUCUCUUAAUUGCAACAGCCAUGCAGUUGUUGUGUCAUCGAAUCGUUCCAGAGAGUUUUCUUUCUGGGAUGGAUAGCGCAUUGGAAGCCUCUCGUCAAAUUCUGUUUUGGAUUUAUUCAAAGCGAUCUGAAACAACUAUAUCUCAAGGCAGAUACCAAUCACUUUUGCGCUCCGUUGAGAUUGUUGAAAAGCCUGUCAUUGUCCCUGGAUAUGAGGGACUUCUACCACCGCCAAAGUUCGGUCCUUUCACUGAAGUCGUCAUAUCGCCCACCACGACUUACUUGGUUAGCAUACCAGAUAACAACGAAGGUUUGAGUCGACGACUCGGUUUCGCUUCAAGUGGAUUGGAAUCAAAGACAAGCUUUUAUUUUCACCCACCUGAAAGUUGGCAAAAUCUGUUAGGCCAUGAAAGAAUGCCGCACAGAAAGUUUGACGAAAAAGAAUUCAGAUCCUUGAUCGAGCAGACAAAUCUGAAGCACCCAUUUCGUAUGGUCGGACCCCUCCAACCUGGUCGCUGUCUCGCUGCUGAGCUUCCAGUGAUCACAUUGAGCGCCAAGGGAUACGUUUGCAGCUAUGAACAAGAAGACGGCUCCUGUGGCGAGAGGGUUUCUUUCACCUGGAGUGUAUAUGAAGGAAGAUCGAUGCUUCCAGAUAACGGUGGCGGCGAAUUCUUAUCUCAGAAACUUGAGCCCAUCAUUCAAGAACGCAAGCAACACCAAAACUGGAAGUUGGAAGCCUGGUCAGAAUGGACUAGGAUAGCAAACUUUGGGCCUCCUAACGAAGCAAUUGUAAUUUGUGUCGACAACAGCUUGAGCAUGAGAACAACAAUUCCUCCAGGGUGGACCAGAUAUAGGAGCUCCUUAGGUGCAGAGCCAUCCCGGCUUGAUGAGGUCAAGGACUUUUUCAAGAAUCUAGCCUUUCGCAUCUCCUCCCUCGAUUUGCCAACAUAUUUGGGGCUUGUAACAUUUUCCAGCUAUACAAAAACAUUGCAAGCACUAUCCCCUGUCGUUCUUAACUUCAACGAAAGUCUUGAUGAGGUGAAACCAGGCGGCAGUACUGCCAUUUUCGACGCCCUUGCAUCGGCUUACACAAUGUUGGCUGAAUUCCUUCUUCAACAUCCUACGAAAAAGUGUCGCAUCAUUCUCCUUACCGAUGGUGAAGAUACCCGCUCAGUUGCGAAGCAUGCUAGCUUGGCUAGAGAUCUCUACAACAAGAAUAUAGUCUUAGAUACGAUUGUAGUAGGUACCAACAAAACAACCGAGCUCUUCAAGAUUUCGGCACAUACUGGAGGGUAUGCGUUUGCUCCAUUCACAAGACAAAUGCUUUACCAAAUUUUCCUUUUGGAGACAAUGGUAGAUAUACGCACACGCCCCGAUAGUGCUCGAAUGAAAUUAGAGAACUGGGAAUCUUUCAGACCCAAAUUGCCGGAUAUGACUUCUCUUUACAAUUUCCCUCCUUGCAAACCCCACGAAAAUAUGAACGAUGAGUUCUUCCUUCUUGACGAAGCUGAACGAAGAAUCGCAAACUUGGACCUGGAGGCAUGA